CCCCAAGUUUUAGAUAUGUUUGCAAAUAUGUUAAAUUUUCUUUUUGAGUUAAAUUAUCUUUAAAGAUAGGAAACCUAUUCUUUCUUUUUUUUUUUUCCGUAACACAUAGGAAACCUAUUCAUAUUGGGAAUUUAGGUCCUUCUCGGUUGUAGGUUAAUAAAUACUCUUUCUCUCACCCCCCAUCCCUGGCUCGCGUAUUAAAGAUUUUGAUUGAAUCACACAAUAGCUAUGGAGUGGAGAAACCUUCCAACGGAUUUGGUAGAGAAUAUACUCUCUAGGAUUCCAGCUAUAACUCUGGCAAGAUUUCGAUCAACAUCAAAACAAUGGAGCGCUAUAUUGAAAUCCACUAGCUUUGCUAAGAUGCACACUGCCAAAGCACCAAAGAGGGAGGAUGAGUCUCUGAACAUCAUGUUGAUUGAUUCUAAUGUUUUCCAAGUAAGGAUCAGUCUCGGUGCUCCAUAUGUUAAGGUUGCAGAUAAUCCAUUCUACCUUAAAGACCCCCUUUCUAAUUCUUCACAAGUUGGUGUACUUAAUGUCUUUCACUGCAACGGCUUGUUGCUAUGCACCACAAAGGACAAGAGACUCGUGGUUUGGAAUCCAUGUUCAGGGGAAACCACGUGGAUUAAACCUAGAGUCAUCUACAGAGAAUCAGACUACUAUGCUCUCGGUUACAUUUACGACAGCAAAUCAUGCAGCAACCAAUAUAAAAUCUUGAGGGUGGAUCGUCAUAAAGAUGUACCACCUAAUAAUGAGUACGAGAUUUAUGACUUCACCUCUAACACUUGGAGAAUUCUUGGGGUUGCUACUGAUUGGUUUUUAGCACUAUAUCGUCGUGGCAUAUCAGUGAAGGGAAAUACUUUUUGGAUUGCUACUCAAGCAUGGAGUCCACAUAACAAUUUCUUACUUAGUUUUGAUUUUUCAGCAGAGAUGUUUCAAAGUCUAUCUCUUCCUCGUCCGUUUCCGUAUAGUAUAUUGGCUUUAUCUGUGGUUAGAGAAGAGCAACUUUGUCUCUUAUCUUUAACGAAUGAAGAGUUACAAGUGUGUGUGACAACUAGUACCGGAUCAUGGAGUCAGCUCCUAGUCCUAGAUUUGACCUUUGAAUAUGAGAUAAGUAGUAGUCAGUUUUCUAAAGGGAUGAGUUUCCUGGCAGACAAGCAGAGCAAGGUUGUAAGGUGUUUGAACUCCGACAACGUCUUAUCCACUGUGCAAGAAAAUAAAGACAUACAAGUGAAUCGGCUUGGAAGAGGCAAAAGGGAAAGCAUCACGCAUGAUAAUUUUGAGUCUAGCUCAGUUCUUCUGAAUUAUGCUCCAAGUUUAACUCAAACCCAACAAGAUUAUACACGCAAAAGGAAAUCACCAAGUACGUGACUUGUGAUUGUCACACUAUGUUGUUUUGUUUUUGAGUUUCUCUUUCCUUCUAUGUUGUUUUGUUUUUGAGUUUUUUCUAGGACUUGUCAAA